CAUCAACCCAAAUUUGAGCCCAGAAUGACCAUCAGCAUAGUAGACCACGAAUUACCAUAUGACACCCACAAUCUCUAUGAUGUAUCGUUUUACGAUGAUCAAAUCCACACCCUAGUCACUCACAGCGCACCCAUGGUGGAAGCCUGGCUCUCUGAAAUCAUCCCCAUAGUCAAUCAAAACCCAAUUGUAGGCCUGGACGUGGAGUGGCGUCCAAAUAACCGCAACAGCGACAACCUCGUUGCGACAUUGCAGCUUUGUGUGGACCAUCGUUGCCUCAUCUUCCAACUUCUUUACGCCCAAACCAUCCCGCGAGCACUCUUUGACUUUCUCAGUAAUGGCAGUUACACAUUUGUGGGUGCUGGGAUCGAGAAUGAUAUGGAGAAGCUCCUUGUGGACUAUGACCUGAAGGUGACCAAUACUCUUGAUCUCGGGCCUUUGGCAGCAACUAAAUUGGGUAAGAUUGAAUUGAAAAAAGCUGGCUUGAAGGGUCUGUCUAAAGAGGUCCUUGGGAAGGAGCUCCAGAAGCCUAGCAAUGUGACAAGGAGCAGGUGGGACAACGAGUGGCUUAUGUGUAAUCAGGUUCAGUACGCUUGUAUUGAUGCUUUUAUUUCCUCAGAGAUUGGAAGGCGGUUGACUGCCAUGGCUUGAUUGCAAAUGAAUGGUUUCUCAGAUUUGGUCUGCAGGAAGUCUCUUUCGGAACAACCAGUUUUUGAACAAUUUACUGGCUUUCUUUAUUUUCAGUUUUAAGAUUGUGGCAGCAUAACUUUUUAGGAUUAGCAUGCUGGUGUUAUUAUUAUUAAGCAAGCUUUGAGAAGCAACACUUUCCUGUUCUUGACGUGUUAUUGAUAUUCAGAGUGCUACUGUAUCAGUGUGAUUCUUUUCUUCCC